UGAAUAGACAUUAUUGGUAGGAAGAGAAAUUAUUCAGAGAAGCUUCAGGAGAGAAAAACAACACAAGAACACGAUAUUAUCAAGUAAGUACUAGAACAGCGAGGAUAUUUGUGUAGAAGUUAUCUCCGCACCAGGACCAGAAUGCUGCAGUCGUCAAAAACAAGAUAACCAGAAUGGAGGACCCUUAUUUGCUCACUGCUACACGUGCUGGCUCUGGCUCGCCGUGUAAGGUGAAUAAGAACAAGGGCGCCGAACUGUACCAUCGCUACAAUGCUUGGGGCGUCCUUGAUCCACCCAGAAAACUGUCUGAUGAGGCCCGGCGCUUACGAAACUUGCCCUUCUUCGAGAAAGCGGGAGCACCAUUCUUGCACGCUCUGAAUGAGAGGUUUAAGACCUGUAGGAACGUGCCAAAAGGGAGCGUGCUUUUCUUAGAGGGAGAUACAGAGGAUGAUGCGAUGUACGUGUUGAAGAAGGUAGUGUGACACUACUGAUGGGUCAAAACUUCUAGAGGUGUAGUGUGACGGUACUGAUGGGUCAAAACUUCUAGAGGUGUAGUGUGACGGUACUGAUGGGUCAAAACUUCUAGAGGUGUAGUGAGACGGUACUGAUGGGUCAAAACUUCUAGAGGUCGAUAUCUAUGAUGGUCUAGCUGCUAGGGGCAGUAAGACCUAGAGCACGAGAGUUCGAGAGUACUUCUAACCUAUUUUUACCAUUGUAAUACUGCCUUAGAUAGAGGAGCAUAGUUGGUCUUUCCGCGUUUCGUUUAACAAUCUUCAACUCCACAAUACCUACAGGGCCACGUUCGUCUGAUUUCGACCGAGGACGACAAUGAGAUUGAGGUGGCCCAAGACUCCUGUUUCGGAGAGUUUAGGUUAUUUGGGUUGACAGAAAAACGACUAGCAACAGCUAUCGUAGUGUCAGAACGAGCAACAUUGCGAGUAUUAGAGCGUGAACUGUUUCUACGCGUACUCCAGAACUUUCCGAAUGAGGUGGACAAAAUAGUCGCCGUUGCAAAGGGCAUUGUGCUGGGACGGAAAUCGAAGUUCGCACAAGGCCAGAACGCAAGUAGUCCACAGAGGAGUCGGUAAAACUAAUGGAGUUUGUAAGGUUUAGGUUUUUCAUAAUUUUGUCUCGUCGUGGUCGUGGUCCAUUAUUUGCAACUUCUCUGGUCUUUCUUACUUUAUCUCUCUGAAGAUCUGCUUAAUUACCAUCUCGUUCGAGUGCAUCUAACACCAAGAAAGGAUCGAUUGUCGUUGACGAAGAAGACCACACCCAAACAUCCUAGCAGCGCUGGUGGCAUGAUCUUCAAACCGCAUCCGUCGUGGCGACAGCACGUCGGCGACCUAGAGGAUGCGGCUUUUGCCACCCUAUUGCCCAGAUCUAACGUUGCGGUGCUGGCGAGCGAUUUGAGGAGGUUACAAGACGGUCCCGGCAGCGAUCGCGAGGACGUCGACACACACACAGUGCGCUCGUCAACGCAGAGCUCUUUCACCUAUGCGAGAGGAACCACGUCAGAACGGACCUCUGUGACCUCGACUACUUUCCGAGCUAGUGACUUUUUAGGAAGCGCGGCUCUUACCAAUGCAAGCCAUAUUGAACAGCUGAACAAUAGAGGACCAGGCGGCGGUGGAGGAGGAGGGGCAUCAUCUUCCGUAAGUUAAGACAUCUUCAUGGAAUCAUCUAGUACUGGAGGUAUCUAAAAAGGGUAUCUUAAGAAUCAGGGAAUCAUCUCGAGUAUCUAAGGGUAUUCUACAGAAUGCUUGCAUGGGUGGAAGUCCUCGUGUACAAGCAAUAACAUGAACAUGUAUAGUGUUGAGUAAGUCCAACUUCUUGAGAGGUGAGUAAUACAUCUUUCAAAUUUCACCCAGGAACGAAAAAUAGAGAGCCGCAGGAAAAAUAAGCAACUACCAUGCAGGAGUCCAAUUGAGAAAAUAGGCAAUGUUUGUCAGUCUCUAAGUAAUCUCGUUUCAUCAGACACAGGCAGCAACGCCUUCAACUAUUGGAGAGGCAUAUUUCAACGCCCAGGCAGCCGGUUCAUACAACUCUACGCCAACUGGGGGUCAAUCUUCUUCGGGUGGAAAUAAUACUGGAGGUCUUAAGGCUCCAAGUAAAUGAUGAAAAUAGAAAAAAAUGAAAUCAGUAGCCAUAGUUGUGAAAGAAGAUCUUUACAAGAAGAGCAAGAGCAAGCUAUUUUUAGUUGGGAAUGAACGUCUGAUGUGUCACGUAAGAAGAGAUACCGUAACUAAUAAAUACAGAUGCUGUCUAGUAUCAAACAAAAAUAAGUACUUAUACUUAUAAAUCGAAAAAUUUGCUUUAGAUGUUAACGUAGCCUAUAGUUAGCAAAUAGAGAUUAUUGCCAUCUAAAGCAAAUUUUUCGAUUAUUGCGUAUAAGUACUUUUUUUGUUUGAUAUGUAGUUUUUAUCGAGAAAUUGCGUCAUAACAUCGGACUACGAGAUGGAUUUUUUUUUUUGUAUCCAUACUUCUAAUUUCACCAUCAGUGGACAACCCGGAUCAGGCGGCGGUGGUUCACACUCUUCUUCUUCCAACCACAUGCACAAUAGUCACACCUCGUCCGGGCCGAACUACAUGGCUUCAACUGGUGGUCGCAGUAAAAGCAAGUAUCGCCACAGUAUCAAGUCAAAUGCGGCAGGCGUUGCGCCCCUAACCAUGAACAAUGUAAACAGACUACUAGGCGCAAGCAAUGCUGGUGCUUCUACCUCGGGGUCGGGAUCGGGUGGGGCUGCGUCAGUCACUGGUGGAGGGGGUCAGACACCGAACAAGAAUAGUGUUAAGGCUCCUGAUAGUACCAAGCGUUAUCCCCACCUUCCUCGGACGCCACUAAAUACUCUGCAUGGAUCUAGAAUAGCGCUCUGUAGCUGUAGCACAACUCUUUGUUCUACUCUACCUCUAAUUCUACCAAUCAACACGGCGGAUCAAACGGCACCAGCAGUCAACACCAAUUAUUCGGAAAAACCUUAGCUAGUUUAAAGCGAAACACUACUGCGUUGGUACCAUCACCCGGAGGGGGGCAAACCUUCGCCGGACGUUCGCCUAAACAGCAGGGGUCGCACAAGAGUUCUUCUCCAGGGUCGACCUCAGGGUCACCCAGGGCAGGUGCCGGGAAGUCACCGAGUACGGCAGAGGCUACAUAGUUGUUUUCGAUUUUGAUGACUUCCAAGUAGUGCCUGCUACUAGUUUAUAACACAGUCCGAGCAGAGCUCGUGUUUAUGUUCUGAUCCAAUGCUAUGAAAGUCAACGAUCAUGGAAAAAGAAAUGUGAGUAUUGACUUCUAUCUAUCAGAAGUUUGAAUUUUUUCAAGGGCCACUUUCUUUGCAAGCCCCGCUAAGAACAGCAACGGAACACCCAGCAGUAAGCGAAUGCAGAACAACAAGCUUGAACUGGCACAACUAGGCUCGAACAGCCCUACGGGAGAUAAAACAGGUCAGGUACUAUCAUCUUUCGGAGCUCAACAAGGAAACGCAAAUAACAACAAGCCUCGAGGAGACAGUGGAAGUGGAACUACAGGGACUACCAGUAGUACAAGUGCAACUAGUACGACACCAAAUAAUCUAGCGAACAUUUACUCGAAUCCAACUAAAAGUACUGCUGCUGAAGGUACUGGUGCAAGCGGUGGCGGAGGCAGCGCUAACUCUAGAGGCAGCGCUAACGAUCAGCUCUCAACCUCUACUUCUGCGAACGCACCUCCAUCGUCCAUUCUCAAUAGCAGUUCUUCGUCUUCUGGUGCUAUCAAUGUCCAUGUCGGAGAUUCAUCAAUAUCUUCCGCUAGUGCAGCUGCCCCCGCCCCAGUAGAAGGCAAUUUGACUCAAACACUGAACCUACAACCGAGACGCGCCAGCGUCAUGCACUUGCAGAAGCGGAAUAGUAUUAGCGACUUAGGUGCGAUUUCCGAGACGAAAAUAGUAGAAGCGCAAGAGGAUGACGGCUAUUUGCGCGAUAUGGCGACGAACCGGGACCGGCGAAAAUCACGCAUCUAUACGAGACGCGCCACAGAACUUUCGUUUUAAGGACAUCUAUCUCCAAAUACGAACUCCUGAGAAACCUCAAGCUGGAGAACUAUAUUAGAAAACAUGAUGAUAACCUCAAGCUUUCCACCUCUAAUCCCAGUUACCAGAAACCGAAGACGAAUCGGACGUUGCGUCUAAUCGUGGUAGUAUUGUCUUAAGGCUCAAUAAAUAUUUGAAUUCCACAAACAAGUUAUCUCUCCCCAUUUCCUUUUUAUAAGGGUCAAUAAAUAUUUGAAUUCUACAAGUUAUUUCUCCCCAUUUUCUAUUUCUUCUUAAAAAUGCGAGCAGAAAUGUAGGCAAGAAAUGAAUUGCUUUGCGCUCUAAUUGUCGCAACCCUAGGCAUCAACGGUUUCAUGUCUACGCCGACGCCGUCGGGACAACCACGAUUUUCAAUACACAACUUGGGCGUUGCUGUGAAUGGUGGACGGAACUCGGUAGUAUUGGAGUUAAGGUAACACCAGAUUGAUACUAAGUGAUAGCUUUAGUCAAUUUACUCUUUGAGACUGAAGAGUUAAGGUCACGUACAGGCAGUGCUAAAUGGAGAAGUUCAUGUAGCCUGAUAAGAUUUUUAGGUUCAUUUGAUCAAAUAGAUAAGAUGGUUUUAGUCAUUUUACUGUUUGAUACAGCAUCAUGGGAUCUUCAAAGUAACCGUUGAAACUCCUGAUCUUUUCUAAUCUGAGAUCGUGGCGGCGUGCAGAGCAGUUCGCUAGGAAGCCUAGGUGGCACCUCGAUGUCUUUGGGGGACUCCCAAAUGCUCGGACCUGCUAACGACCGUGGUGGAGACGGCGUAACAGGAGGCCCACGCCCUUCUAUGCCUCGUGCAUCCUUUCGUCUGAACGUGCCCAGCACACUGUUAAUUCCCAACAAGAAAAACGAGAAGUCUUCGUCCUGUCGAGGAAGCGUAGUCAGAGAUUAAGGCUUCUUCCAAAAUUUUGAUUCACUAAAUGCUCACGAAAUUCAACGGUCAUCAUGAACGAGGGCAACAGGGACAACAGCAUGCAACGCUACGCUCCCAUGCCGAAAUCAGUUCUAGAAUGAACAAGAAGUACAGGGAGAUGGAUGCAUCUCUUAUAAAAAAGGGAAGCGGCUACCUCGUCUACUAGUACAGUCUAAAUCGUCAGAUUUUUUAGAUUCAACACUUUUGUUGAUUCCAGUUCUAAAGAGAGCAGUUUUUAGUGCCGUCAUUUCCGCGCUCGUGCGCAAGGAAUAGCAUCAUGGGACCAAUAUCUGCGCUACAGGGAUACGUACAAGGCAACGCACAAAUUAGGGGUUUCCACACUGCAUCCUUCACUGCCUCCAUCCUUGGCUUGUUUUCCGAUAGGAAAGACGUCAAGGAUGUUGUUCUGAAGAGUGCAAUCGCGAAACCUCUACACAAAAUACCAAUACCAAGAAAGGGAUGGGAAUGGAACGUCUCUCAGAAUUGCAGCCUGUGGGUGGGCAGGUAUCACCAUAUAAUCUAGUAGAAAUGCAAUAUCAAGUUUAUGAACGGACAAAUUACAAAAGGCUUCAAAGCGCAAAUUGUUUCGUUCGAAGAAAUUCCUACAGCGUUCGAAUUAUUUUCGAACGGGUUCGGAAUAUUUUCGAAUAUGGCGACUUUUUCCAAAUUCUUGGCAAUCAUUUUCGAAUUAUAUUCGUUCGAAAAUAAUCUAGUAGAAAUGCAGCAUCAAGUUCUUCUGCAAAUUUUGUUGAGUACACACCACAGGAGGCCGCCUCCUGGGGGCGAAAAGUGAUCGAAAAAACAUAUUUAAACAGUUCUUCUUCCAUUCAUUCUACAACUUUGUUUUCCAUCUUCAGUGCGGCGGCCAGUCUCACUCCGAGUCACGAGUAGAGUCGGAGCAGGCAGCAGCGUCUUUGAGCGCCCAACUCCGCCUACUGAUGACGCGCACGACGUCCGGGACCUCAGGUCGCGUUUAUAUCAAAGAUCGCGAGUUCAACUGGACAGCAUUAGGCGACGCGUUUGCCAAAGUCGUGCCAACAGAGUACUUCCUAGAAGUAGUUUUAGUACUUACCUUUAGUACUUCGUUUUCAUUGGAACAAACUGUAGAAGGGAUUUGAGGAUUCAUUUGAAUAUACCUUUCAACAACAACAUCAACAUUUUACGUAGUACGAACAAACAUGAACAUCAGAUACGAUCUCCGUCGUGGCCGCGGGCCGUGGCCUCGUGUGGAUGCAGAGGAGGAUGAAGACGAGGAUGAAAAAGUCGAGCGACGACUUCUGCUCUGCGAGUUCAUGGAAGAGAUAAUAAAGCCUGACUGUAACAAACCAAAGUUGCUGAAUCUCGAAAAGCAAGUUGCCCUGAAGUGGCAGCCUAAGCUUCGAGAUGUGGGCGCCGAGGGUGCUAUGGCUCCGGGGAAAGGAGAAGGUGGCGGCGGUGGAGGUAAAUGAAUUUUCUUUAAAUCUUGCUCCUUAGUAGUUACUAUCUAUACCAUGUCUUUCACUUGAUAAUGGUUACUCAAUGCUCUCCAUCCAGCGGUCAACACAACGGAGCUUAACCGGCAGCGAUCUCCGAAUAAGCCCCAAGUGCGGAAGUUUUUGUCGCAAAGCAGUAUUUUCGAACAUCAGCUGUUUGCACCGACGUUGCUGAAAUCAAUAGAACUCUUACGCAUUUUCCUCAAAAAGUGUGAGCAGAGCGAAUAAGAAUCUUUUUCCCUUUCAUCAAUCUGCGUGAGGUAUAGUUCAACCCAGAACUCGAAGUCGUGUCUUUCUGGUUCCAGAAGUGUCCCUCUAGUAAGCAAAAGUCAUAAAAUAUGAUCACAUACUUACACGGUACACCAGUUCUUGCAGUGACACUUUCAAAAAAACUCUUCUAACUCCCAGUCCGGAGCAGCUUAGCGCGCAUUCUGCACAGAAUUCACCUGAGGCAAGGAGACGGGUAAAGCAAGCGAGGCGUCAGAAAGUCUAUACAACCGACGCAGGAGAAAACUGGUUAUCUGUAUUGUAACAGGUGCUGACUUCUUUGGAUGUUCCACAGCAACUUGAAAUUUCUAGGAGGCACAACACACACCUACUUUUGAAGACGGUGGCGGUGGACGGAAGUAACUUUUCAAAAGCAUAGGCCCACAUCUUUUCCAGGAGGCAUAUUACGAGCACACUACCCACUCCAAUUACAGAAAAACAUAUUCAUCGAUAAGUAAUAUGCUGCUAAUGAGUUGUAUUGUGUUUUGAGUCACCGAACUGUGUUGCUUCAUAUCUCUCAUUUGACAAUACCCCAUGAGCUUACAAAAAACACGGACAUGCAUACUAAUGAACACCACGACGGAUCAUAGCGCCGUAUGUUUUUUGUAUCAUACACAUGUGACGCUAUCAGACAGUUUUAUCGUUCUUUGGGAAACUUGAUUGUUAGGAUUAGACAAUGAACAGUAGCAGAAAAUGAACAGUAGAAGUCUAUUGCACAAUUGAUGAUUGAAUGCUUCCUAGCUUCUCAAUGCACAGUCAACUAUGUAUUAUCACCGGAGUCAAGAGAGUGCCGUAAAGUAAAUAGUGUGUGUGACAGUGUCCCCGGUUUGGUCAACAUUUUCUAGUAUUUAUUCCGAAUGGAUGCAAUAGUAGAGUGUCUCGCGAUAACCAUGACUUUGAACAUCGUCAUCUCACAAGCAACAACUAAGAGAGUGCCUCGCUCACUCUACACAAUAAAAAAAUGUGCUGUAUAUAAUCAAAUUUGUCGCCGACUUUCGUAGUCGCCCAUCAUCCUCGG